AUGGUGAAUGAUAUGGAGGAAAGACCUGAAGAGAUACGUGAUUUUAUGGGAACUAGCAGAGAAGUGGAUAAGUUUGCUCGCAAAUUCGACGAGCGGUCUAGGCAAGAGGAGGAAAUAUUCAACCGUCUUCCUAUGACAAAACAGGAGAGGAAGAAAGAGAAGUACAUGAAGAAAGCAACAAAUGGGAUGCAAGGCCUGACAGAAAAUUUAUUUGAUGAAAUCAAAGGAUUGCCCUUUGAAGAUGAUACUGGUGAGCAAACAAUGGGCUUCAAAAAGGGUCCCAGAAGAAAUGGGAAGCAUGGGAAGCUGAAGAAGCGAAAGAGGAAACAUUGA